AUGGACUUUUGGUCACGAUUGUUGAGCCCUCUCUCGGCGGGCACGUCCCGCCAGGACCAGGCCAAGGACCCCGCCAAACGCCUGCACCGCUUCGAAAAGGAGUACGGCAGCCUGCUGUCGACAUGGCGCACGACCAACCUGCGCGACGGCGACGCGGCCGAGACGCUCGAGAUACGGCUGCAGGAGCUCACCAACAUCCUCAGCGACGAGAGCCGCCGGCCGCUGCCGCACCCGUGCAUCCAGUAUGCCUCCAUCAAGCAAAUCUACGUGCCCAUCGGCAAGAUCGCCACGGCCUCGCAUAACGAGUGGAUCAUCAAGGAGGCGGUGCUGCUGUUCGCGACCCUCAUCGAGAGCGAGGAGGAAGCCUUUGUUGAGAACCCGACAUUUUCCACCAGCCUCACCAACCUGCUCGUCCGCAUCACGGGCGCCGAGGGCGUCCAUCUCGGCCUCGACACCGAGUCCCGCGUCGUCGAGCUCGCCUUCAACAUCACCACCAAGAUCCGCCUCGACCCAUCCAUACUGCCCGCGUGGUUCAGAACACAGGACGAGGCCGCGCCGCAGGGCCGUAGUGCCAUCGCCGACGUGCCGGUGCCAGUGCCGGUGCCGGCGCCCUCCUCGGGCUUCGCCGGCCGCACACAACGAGCCGACUUCCCCCUCUUCUACAUCCUCGUCGACUACAUCCACCACGAGGGAAAGGUUGGCGACUUCGCCCGCACUGGCCUGCUCUACAUCAUCGAGGCCGCCUCGAGCUCCGCCGCCCUCGAGCAGUGGAUCGUCGAGAGCGACCUGUCCACCCUCAUGGCCACGGGUCUGGGCGCUCUCUACAGCCAGCUCAGCCGCAAGCUCGUCAUCGACCACCCGCCUCACGACCUGCCCCCGAUCCUCGCCCUCUCCGACUACCAGCACCCGACGUCGAGCUACGAAAUUGUCAGCUCCUGCUCCCCCGAGUUUCAGUCGCACCUCGAGACCUUUUUGUCUCAUCUGCUCUUCUGGCAGGACGUCUUGAACCACUGCAAGUCGGUCGAGGUCAAGUCGACCCUGCUCGAGCACUUUCAAGUUAUAUUUCUGCAGCAGCUGUUGUAUCCGUCGCUGCUAGAGUCCUCCGAUAUCGAUGGAGGCUCGUCGGUGGCCGUGCUGACAUACCUGCGGCGCAUCCUUGAGUCCCUCAACCACCCCGACAUGAUCAACCUCAUACUCCACUACCUCCUGGCCCUGCCAGACACGCUGCCCUCCAGGGAGCAGCCGCGGUCAUCCAUCAGCCUCGCGCGGAAGCGCAAGUCGAUGGACCUGGCGACCAUGAUGGCCGAAAAGUCCGAGGACGCCGCCACGCCGCUCCUCUUCAACCUCGUCGACCUUAUCCUCGCAUGCCUGCGCUCGCGGAACCAGCAGACAAUCCACGUCACCUUGCAGCUCGUCUCGGCCAUCCUCAAGCGGCAUCACCGCUACGCCGUCAUCACGCUGCUCAAGACGGAGGUGCUGCCCGCCAACUCGGUGGACCGCACCGUCGGUGCCCACGAGCAGGAGGUCGAGUAUCUCGUCUCGCUCGCGUCCUCGAUCGGCGGGCAAGGCAACUUUGACGAGACGUACGCCAACAUCCUCAAGGACACCAUGACACGCUUGGAGAGCCACCCGUGCUCGCUGCGGCUCGUGGCGCCCCGCGUCUCGACCAACAACCGCGAGCUGCCGGCUAUCCCCGACAGCCUGCCCGGCGCCCCCAGAGACAUCCGCGAGCACACGCUGCGUGCGGAUGACCCGCUGCUUAACGCCAUCCUGGACCUGCUCGAGACCUUUUUCGUCAACCCAGUGGAGACGAACCUCUCGGUGUCGGAGACGCUGGUGGACCUUGCCAUCUGCGGGUACAUGAGCAUCGAGGGCUGGCUGGCGCGCAGUCCGAGCGGCUACGCAUAUGCUGGGGACGGCGAACACGACGACGCCUCGGCGAGCGAGGUGGAGCCCGUCGCCCCAGACGCAGAGGCAGAGAGGCUCAGGGCGCUGAAACGGUGCAGGACGCGCCCCGAAUGGUCGACGGGCACCCUGCCGCGGAUCCUGGCGAUCCUGCAGCGGCUGUGCGACCAAGUCUCGUCGUACCGCGAUACGGUCCCCCGCUUCGACGAGCUACUACAGCAGCGUCGCGAGGCGUUCCAGACCGCCGAUACGAUGCUGGACAACCCCCCGCGGAAGGCGUCUCCGCAGCCGCCGCUCCAGGGAACGCCCGAGCGCCCGAGCAUGGACGAGGUUCUGCGCACGGGGUCGCCGUCGCGGCCGUCGGCCCUCGAGGGUUUCGCUCAGCGUCUCCUCUCGGAGCUGGGCACGCCGAGCCGCUCCGCCAGCCCCAAGGGCCGCAAGGAGCAGAGCCGCAGCUCCGGCACGUCGACGCCCGGCGGCGUGCAGCCCGAGCUCAUGACACCAAACGCCAUCCGCGUGCCGCCCAAGGAGUUUCCCAUCAACUACGCCGACCCGAGCCGCAGCGGCGGCGCCCGCAGCCUGUCGCCCGGAAGCGCCGCCGGCGACGCGCUCGACGACCGCCGCCGCCGAGACAGCAGCGCGACUAGCCAGGCGUCGGCGUUUGCCGCCAUCGACCAGAGCACCCUCGCUAGGCGCGUCGGCCUGCCGGACGACAGGCUCAAGCCGAUUCCCCUGCGCCUCGACAGGCCCGCCCGGAGCGUGCCCGAGGAGCUGGCCGCCGGGGCGGCGCCGGAGGAGGAGCACGGGGCAAACGCCGAGGAUGCCUCCGAGACUGGCGCCGUUGGAGCAGCAGCUGCAGAGGUUGAGGGAGCCGUCGAUGCGGCGGCCUACGAAGAGGAGGAAGAGGUACAGGUGUCGGUCUCACACGUCAUCACAAACGUCAUCAUAUUUCAGUCGUUUCUCUUGGAGCUGGCCGGCCUGAUGCAGGUGCGCGCCGGCCUAUUCGACGAGGUCCGCUACGUGUGA